UUUUUAUUCGAAUUGAUUCAUGACGUGACAUGGUGGAUUGUAUAUGAUCUAAAAAGAUGUUAAUUUAUCAAAGAAAGCGUUUUAAUAAAAUUAGAUAAUGAUUCUUUCAUAAUAUUGGUGCUCGAAAAAUCUGCUCAUUAUUAAAUAUUUAGAAAGUGACAAAUAUUUGAUUUAAAUCAAUGUGAAUUGUUGAAAAUGUGAUUAUUUUCAUUCUUUUGACAGCUGGGUUAACAAAAAAUGCACUCGAAAAGAUUUUAAUUUUUUCUAAAAAGGAGUCGAGAGAGGAUCUAAGAGAAGUAAACAAAAAAUGAUAAUGCAUUCCUAAAAGAAAAACACAUUAGACACGAUAAAGAAGAAAAGAAAACAAACAAACAUGUUUGAAUCACCAAGAAGCUUGCAGGAAGUCUGUAUGGACUUUAUCUGCGACAACAUCCUCGCUUUAUGUGAUGUUCAUCCUGGUGAAACUGGUGGUCGACCUAAUAGUUGUUCAUCUAACUCUUCCAAUGAACCUUCUGCAGGAUUUUUACCGGCGAAUACUUCAAAUAACAAUAUAACCUCAGGUCCAUCGACGAGACUCUGUUUCAGAGAUCCCGACACAUUCUUACCAGAAGAAAUUUCCGAACAGUUAUUAUAUAGUCUUUGUGAGCGAAAAGUUUUAUCAGAUUUAACAAUAACUCUAUUUGAUGCUAAAACAACGAGGCUAAGGCACGUUAAAUUGAAAAAUGCCUCGAAUCUUUCCGUGAAAGGUUUAAAAAUAUUACGUGAACACAAAGUUAUAGAUUUAGAAGUUAAAGGUUUAAAGAUUGCUAUCAAUGAUCUUAUAACCUGUUUAGGUACAUGGAGUUUACAGAAUCUUAGAUCAUUAAGUGUCGCUAAGGGGAGUUUUAUGGAUUGUUCAAGAUAUUGUGUUCUCGUGGCUUUGAGUAAUUUAAGAGCAUUAAAAACACUAAACGUAUCAGGAACUGAAUUCAAUAGACAUGGAUUGGAUAUUGUUGUUGAAGACUUACCACUUUUAGAGAGUUUGGAUAUUUCUUGUACUCAAGUAGAUGAUAUAACGCCAUUAAGGAAAUGUAAAGAUCGUUUAAAGACAUUAAUAAUGUACAAUGUGAAAAUAAGCACCUGUGGACAUGUAGUUUCAGUUUUACUUAUUUUAAAUGAAUUGAGAAAUCUCGAUAUUUCGGAUGAUCGAGAUUCUUACGUUUUUGAAAUGUUUGCACCAGUGAGAUCAAAAAUUACCGAUUUCCUAAAAGCGGUCCACUGCAUGCCUCAUCUUACUAGUUUAGAUAUAUCAGGAAAAGACGAAAUCGAUCCAAAGGAUCUAAGAAAAUUUAUACGAGCCCAUCCGAAGUUGAGUUUCUUGGGCCUUAUGCAUUCUGACGCUUGCUAUGAAGAGAGUCUUAUAAAUCCGUUCAAUAAAAAUUAUAACUCUGAUUUAGUGGUAAGUGGAACAGCAACCGAAUCGCAAAUUCUCGAAUCACUUAGAAGGUAUUCCUGUAGGCCAAUUUAUGUUCAAAAAUGUCUAUACAAUUUAUUUCGAUUAACGUCGAGUUCAGACGAAGUGAGAGUUGAUAUGAUUAAAUUAGUCAUUCCCGGAAUGAAAGCUCAUCCCCAGGAAUUCCGAAUACAAAUAGCCGGCACUGCGUGUCUUUAUAAUCUCACAAAAGGUGAACUUGCAAAUAAAAUUCAUCCCUCGGUGCUGAAGCAAGUUGUCGAUGUUACAUUAACGGCAAUGGAAUCUUAUCCAAAUCAUUAUCAAAUGCAAAAAAAUACAAUUCUCACAUUAUGUAGUGACAGAAUUCUACAGGACGUUGGUUUCGACAAAUAUCGAUGUGCAAGAUUAGUAAUGAAUAAUUUAUCGGCGUUCAAUGAUUCAUCGAUGAAUCGAAUGUCAGUGGCAAUUUGUUCAAUAUUGGCGGCGAAAAUAUCAACGGUUGAAACAUCGAUGCUGGGAGCGCAACCUCAAUAUAUGUCGAAAUUGUUGACAAUGGUUCGAGCGAAAGUUGAAACAACUUGCGUUGAUAUUACCAUGAAAUUCACAUUGUCCGCUCUUUGGAAUUUGACUGAUGAAAGCGCUACAACUUGCAAAGUGUUCUUACAAGAAGGAGGAAUGAAACUCUUUCUCGAAGUUCUCGAUACUUUCCAAGGGGAAUCGAGUGUUGAAACUAAAGUCUUGGGUCUGCUUAAUAAUAUCGCCGAGGUUGUACACUUGAGAAGUCAGUUACUGCAGCCACGAUUUAUAUCAAUGCUUUCGUCUCUCUUGGAUUCCGAGCAUAUUGAUGUGUCUUAUUUUGCGGCAGGCAUUGCCGCGCAUCUUCUUAGUGAUAGUCCGGAAUCAUGGUCAAAUUCGUUGCUGCGACCAAAGAGAAUUCGUUUAUCGGAACAAUUGGCACGCGCUGUGACGAAUUGGAAAACGCCACAGAGCGAAAUGGUUGCUUACAGAAGUUUUCAUCCAUUUUUCCCUCUCCUCGAAUGCGAUGAGGAUGAUGCUGUUCAAUUGUGGGCAGUAUGGGCAAUUCAUCAUGUCUGCACCAAGAAUCCAAAACGAUAUUGCGAAAUGUUGAUCCGAGAUGGAGGAGUGAAAAUUUUGGAAACUCUAGAGAAGGAAAGAUCGAGUUUAGAAACACAGCCGAACGUUCGUACAUUGUGUCAAUCAAUUUUGGAAACACUUGCGCAACAUUCGUGCUAACAAAAAGAUGUUCCGAAUGAACGGAAAGUACACUAUUGGUACGCUAGUCAAUUUUAUUCAUGUGCGAAUCUCUCCCUACAUCUAGAAUUAUAGUCCCCUUGAGUUGAAAUAGCGACAAAAAAAAAUCAAACUCAAUAAUUUAUAGCUUUUUAAUCAUAUUUUUUUUUUAAUUUUUUUUUUUUAAUCUUAAACCCAUUCUAGAUGUGGGAUGAAUUCCAUAUGUUCUUAACAUUUUGUUCCGUGUCAAACAUGUCGCCAGAUUAUAUAGAUUAUUCAGUAUAAAAAGAAAAUCUAAAAAAAAAAUCUUAUAUUAGUAAAAUAUCCUCGAAAAAGCAUUUUUUGCUUUUAUGAGUUUUUCACACAAAAUGAUAUUAUAAAAUAACGAUUCGCCAGCAAUCGUUUAUUCUAGCUUUUAGUUAUUAAUAAUUCCCAGAAUCUCAAUUUAUCUAUUAUGAGAUUUAACGCAAUUUCAAUAUUUUCAGGGUAUUUUACUAACGACAUUGACAGUCAAAAAAUUGCUUUUAAAAAGCGAGAUUGAAAACAAAAAUUGUUUUCACAAUUUUUUUUCCUAAAAAAACAUGAACUUUGUAAAUAUUUUUUUUUAAGUAUUUUUACUAGGGAAUUUGGAAAUAUUUUUUUCUUUUCACCUAAUUGGACAUGUUUUUAAUUUUUUUUUUGAAAGAAGGAAAAAUUAAGUAAAUUAGAAACUUUACUUAAAUUUUCUUUAUAGAAAGAAUAAAUCGAUUAAUUUUACAUUCGGGUAAAAUUGCUAAAGGUGUUUUUUUUUUAAUUCUGAACAAUUAUUUUAUUUUGUUAUUGUAAAAAUAAUAAUUACGUUCAAUUAUAGUUUUUAUAAUUAAAAAAUACGAGGAUUUUUUUUGACCGACUGUCAUUUAGUGAGUUACCUUGAAAAUUUAAUGAAGCGUCAAUUUUUAUUUAUUCAGUUUCUAAUAGAAGUAAAUUUAACAGAGACCGGUGAAUAAUCACUAAUAAGAUCAGAACUAGCCGAGCUAAAUCUGUGUCAAAAUAAUCGUUUAAAAAAAACUUAACUUCCUGUAAAAGUUCAAAAUGUCCAAUUUAUUAUUAUAUUAUUAAUUAUAACUAUAAUUAAUAUUAUUGCUAUUACUAUUAUUCUUAUUAUCAUUAUUAACGUAGCUUUUGAAAAAAGUUUUCGAUGUUGUUUUAGAUUUAGAUCAUAUUAGUCAAGAUCUAGUUUUUGUUCUUUUUGAAAGCUGGUUAUUCAUUUCGAAAAAAAGAAAGCUUGGUGUUUACGAAAUUAUUUUAAUUAUCAGGGCGUUUCAAUUUUCCCUAUCAAUGUGGAUUGAUUGUCCAAUGCUUCAGAGUUGAUGAAAGUUUAUAUAAAAGAAAAUCAUUGAAGGGAGAAAAAUGAAAAAAAAGUUGCAUAUUGAAACUUUAAUGUAUAGUAAAAAAAAAAUGCAAAAAAAAAACUGUGAUCUAAUUUGGAAAAAGAAAAUGUUACGUUUUAUGAAACUUCCAUUUGAGAAAAAAAUUAACAAUUGUGUGAAAUUAGAUUUUUUUUAAUCAACAUUUAAUAUACAAUUAUUCUUUUCUCCUGAGUUUUACAGUGAUUUUUUUUUUUUUGAGUAGUAUAUUGAGAUUCAACAUUCUUUUUUAUGCUUCAUAGAAAAAUAUCUUUGUACACGGAAGUUUAUACGUUUAAUUGUAAAACAUGCGUGUUCGCUCUAUUACGCAAGACGAUCACUGUAUCAAAUUGAGUCCUAAAAACAAAUAUCUAAAAUCUGCGACUGGCAGCAUUCUUGAAAAAAAAAAUGCACUGUCUUGGACACCAUUAUUUUAUGGAAGUGGCCUUUGUGAAUGUACUUGUUGAGAAUAAAAUACUGCAUCAUGGAUCGUUGCGAAAAUUCUGAAA